GCAUUUGUACUGAAGCCCAGCUCCCGAGACUGACCCUGCGUUCACACUAGCAAGGGACCAUUCGUUUUCUUUGUACUUGCGAGUUUUUCACGUCUGUGCGAAUUAGAUGUGUUGGCUGUAAAUCACUGAAUCCAAGUGAUAUGCUCGAAUGAUUUUUCAUUCACUGUUUGCUUGUUAAAACCAAAAAAAGUACAACCAUGGUUUCAUUUUGUCCUGUCGUAUACAAACUUGUUAAGCAUGUAUAUAGAACUUACUAAGAAAGCAGCUUGGGUCAUUGGUACCUCAGUGCAGACUAUGUGGUCUCUAAGGCCAAAACUAUGUGGAAACCUGACCAUAGACCCAUUUGUGCUUGUUCCAGGUUUGGACCUGCUUUCGCUGCCAUAAUAGGAAAGCUUCUGUAUAAGCUUCCAUAAUAGGAAGGCUUUCCACUAGAUUUAGGAGUGUGGCUGUGGGGAUUUGUGUUCAUUCAGCUAUAAGAGCAUUAGUGAGGUCAGGCAAUGAUGUUUGGGUGCAGUCGGUGUUCCAGUUCAUCCUAAAGGUGUUCAGUGUGGUUGAGGUCAGGACUCUGUGCAGGCCACUCGAGUUAUUCCACUCCAACUUUGGCAAACCAUGUCUUCAUGGAGCUUGCUUUGUGCGGAGGGGCACUGUCAUACUGGAACAGCCUCUUAGUUCCAGUGAAGGGAAAUGGUAGCAUUACAGCAUUCAGAGACAUCGUUUACAAAUGUGUGCUUCCAACUUUGCUGUGACAGACAGGUGUUCGUGUACAGGGUGUCCCAAAAGUCGCCAUAAAUAGGGGACUAUGUAGCUACAGCAGCACCACGUCGGUUGUCUUCGUCAGUGGAAGUUUGUGGAUGUCCACUUCUCGGUUGGUCAGCAACGCUUCCAGUCUUUUUGAAUUUGUUAAUAAGUUUGGCAACAGUGUUGUGUAUGACGCGCUCGCCAUGUUUCCUGUUAAAGUCCAUCGCAACCUUACGACCGCUUCCCAAUCCAGAAGUGAGAAUGAUUUCAAUCAUCUCUCCCACCGCGUUAUUCUUGGCGGCAAAAGUCGAGGAGCAACCUCGAAAACUUGAACACGUCAUUAAAGUGUCGCACGCCUGUUUAAACCCUCAAGAGCCUCCAUUAGAUACAAAGAGUAAUGCGUACCUCCAGCAAGCUCAAGAGCUGGUGAUACUUGAAACCAUAGUGCUGCAGACUUUAGGAUUUGAAAUAACUAUUGAGCAUCCUCAUACUGAUGUUGUGAAAUGUUCCCAACUAGUGCGAGCAAGCAAGGAUCUGGCACAGACUUCCUAUUUCAUGGCUACCAACAGCCUCCAUCUCACCACGUUCUGCCUGCAGUACAGGCCCACGGUCAUUGCUUGUGUGUGCAUUCACCUAGCCUGCAAGUGGUCUAACUGGGAAAUCCCUGUGUCUACUGAUGGCAAACACUGGUGGGAGUAUGUGGACAAUUCAGUCACACUUGAGCUACUAGAUGAAUUGACACACGAGUUUCUUCAGAUUUUGGAGAAGACUCCCAGUAAGUUAAAGAGGAUUCGAAACUGGCGGGCAACACAAGCUGCCAAGAAACCGAAAACAGACGGCCCGUCAUCAGAGAGCAGCUCUUUUCCCGACUCCUCGUUAGGCCAGGACCACUCGAUGGUAGACGCCGUUUCUGCGAACGCAACCUUUUCCAAACCUUCAACGUCAUUUCCUAUUUCCAGUGGGCUUCCAUUGGACCAUAUUGCCAGCACUGUGCAAGGCACUUCAUACACUUUCACAGCCCCCAGUGACUGGCCUCAAGACCAAGCACGCACAGACUCGUACAUUCUCAAACAGCUUCCACUGCACCCGCACCGGCCUGACAAAAGCGCCGAGUUCACCACUGUCAAACAUGAACACAAGGCCAACAAACACCAAUCUUCUGUGUUACCUCCUCUGGCCACGUCUCAGCCGCAGAAAAUGUCCUUGGAGAAGUACAAGGAGAAGCACGCGGCCGAAAUAGCGGCACAGAAACGCAGGCAAGAGCAGCCAAGCGUGGAAUCCGAGGCCAGAGAAUCAUAUGGGAGCUCCAGCCAGGUGGAGCACCGAAAGCCACAGCAGCCUUAUGCUCACGGGCAGCAGGGCUCGAGCAGCAGCAGCACCUCUACCAGCUCGCCGCUAAAGAUGAAACUGCCCUUAACAGGCCAGGAAAAGGUCCAAGGGGACAAACGGGAGAAGGGGAGCUCGCUAAAGCUUCGACUUCCAGUCCAGGCUGAGAAAAGUGGAGCAAGUAAGGAGGAGCUGAAGAUGAAGAUCAAGGUUUCCUCAGAGCGCCACAGCUCGUCUGAUGAAGGAGCAAGCAAAAGCAAGCAUUCCAGUCCACUGGUGAGCAAGGAAAAGCAUCGGCACCACCAUAAACAUGGCCACUCCAACCCACACUCGCACAGCGGCAGUGGAUCUGCCCUCAGGAGUCCCAUGACCCUUGGCGGUGAGGGGGCCAGCACAGUCCAGGGCCCGAGCUCUUCGCGUAAGAGGCCACACGCCGACGGCAGCCAUAAUCACCACUCAAAAAAGAACAAAAGCUCCAAGCCAGCCGCAGGUAGUUCCUCUCCUCUUUCCUCUGUACAGCAGUGUGUCUCAUCUCGCAGCUGUGUUCUUAACCCCCUUCCCUUCCCCCCCGUCACACAGCAGGUGGGCUUCGGCCGUCUCAGCACGGUGCUGAAAGCGGACAAGGAGUCAGCGGAGAGCCGUGGUCCUGAGGGCACUAAUGGCCCACGCGCACACUACAAGGACCCGUGCAACAUGCUUGAAUCUUGAAUUACUCUUAAGUGCCCACGGAAUGACCUUGUGAGCCGGUAGAGAAGGAACUUAAGGUUCAUCCUUGAGAGAAAAUAAAAAAAAUAAUGUGACAGCAAGAUUAAGAGUGAAAAAUAUAUACUUCCUGAUCUUGUGAUUUUCUUCGCAGCUCGGUUGCGUGCGGCCAUAUUCCAUAUGUGUAAUUGCUGCUUUGUGUUCCAUAUUUCCAAAUGGAUCUCUGCGUGUGUGUGUGUGUGUGCGCGUGGUAUGGGGCCAUCUUGCUGCAAAUAAGUUUCUCCACAGGAUAAAAUUAAGAAUACUGUAAGGCAAGAAAGGUGCAAUUUUUCUCCCUGCUUUAUAAUUUAAAUAAUACUAGCCGUAGGACAUUGAAGAAUUCCUGCCCCCUCAUGAUCUGACACACGUCUUCGAAUUUGUUUGGACGUGGUCAGUAUUGAGGAGUUAAAAUGACUGAUUUUUUUUAAGUUGCAUAGUUGUAAACGUGCUAGCUUUAUGUUGUUUUCUUUUUAAUACCUUGUUUGUACGAUGUGCAUGUUUCAGCCAUCAAAGGGAUAAAGUAGAGCGCUGUUUACAGAGAGUGGAGAUAAAUGUACAUACAUUUUUGUAUGUUUGAAAAAAGAAAAAAAAGCUAUACUAUAAAUACUCAGGUUUGGUGCUGCUUGUAUUCCUAUAUAUUGGAGAAGUUUGUGAAUUGCUAUAAGAAUCAGACCUUGUUGAUUCUAAUUGCAGCAUUUCUCGACAUGAGAGCCUCUAUUGUGCAUGGCUGUCAGAAGAGGGCACAGUCCAGCACCGUGCUAGGAAAUCCACCAAUCACCUGGCAUGUUGUCUGAGGCUGUGCAGUUUGUAAUUAAUAAAAAAUUUUUUGUGACCUCCAAGAUGAACUUAAGCUGGAUGCCAAAGGCUGUGCCUCAGAAAAAAAGAGAAAUAAAUAUCAAAUAAGGACAAGUAUAGUACUAUGAAGUUUACAUAACCUUUGCUGUGAAGUGCAUUAAAAACCUUUCUUGGCUUGACUCUGUAGCCUACUUGUACAAAGCUGUAAAUCAAUAACAAAUAUGUUUGAAUAAUUAACGUUGGAUAAGAGCUGACCAGACCUGUUUGAUCAGUGUUCAGUCUUUCAGUGAUCUGUUUCUUCCAUAGAUCUUUUUUUUUUUUUCUUUUCGGUAUGUGCAUUCAGAUUUUUUUUCUGUGUGCAGCAAGCAAUUUGUGAAGUAUUUUACUUUGUCACUGAAAUACAGAUGAUUGAGCAAGGCAAGUGCAAAUCUUCACAUUUAGAUUAUUUUGUUCCCAUCCUCAUUUCAUUUAGACUCGCAACAAUAAAUCACAUGGUUUCCACUACA